AUGACCGACACUGAGGCUGGCGCGCCGCCCGGCGUAUGGGCGUGUCCGUGCCUGAACAUCCGGAUACGCGGCCGCAUACUGCAUAGCGAGCGUGGACCAUGGCCCUCGGAGCUCGAGCUGAGCGAUCCGCACUCCCUUUCGAUCGCCCUGCCUCGCUACACGCACGCAGGGCGCAUGCAAAAGAACGGCGCCGCGGUGACCGAGGUCAUGUGCAAGCUGUGCAUGUCAGACGUGUAUGCUGUACCCGCCAGUGCGGGCGCCUCGGAAAAGGAUCAGGAUGCGACAAUACACGACUUGUUACACACCCAUCUUCCUAUCGUGCCCAGCGAUCGCACGCUGUGGCUCUCGGACAAGUGUAUCGCGGGUGCGGAUAUCUCGACAAAAGAGACGCUGCCGACGUACUCGGCGGCGCUCGGCGUUUUGCUGCCGGACCGCUCCAACGACACGGAGCACGCGCCGCUCCAUGCGCUUGAAAGUGCCGCAGCUGCGUACAUGCUCCCUGCGAUUCCCACGCGGCUCGUCGACCGCUCCUCACCCGUCUCCCAGAGCCCGGUCGAGGCAGAAAUUCUCGGCAAGCUCCAGCGCCGCUUUGAUACGGCGCUGCACGACAUUGCUGCUUUUGUGCGAGAGACGCAGCACAGCCUGCAAAGCGCGAUCCAGGACGCGACCGACCACGUCCAGGUUGCCACGCACAGCACGCCAAAGCCGGUCGCUGCGCCGAGCGGAAGUGCGCGGGGCUUGGACGUGCCAGCGGACUCGUUUGUAAAGCGCCCGUCGACCGAGGCGCCGGCGCGGCAAGUAUCAGUCGGCGCGCUCUCGCAGUCGUUGUCGCGCCUCGGCCGCGGCCUGCCAGAGCGCACGCAGCGUGCAGACGACAGGCACGCGGCGCCCAAGGCCGCCGCGGACACCCCUGCUUCCACUGCGCCCAAAGCCGCUGCCCCUGCGCCCAAAGCGGCGCAGCCUGCGCCUGCUCGAGCGGAGGGGCCCUCGUUACCCCGCCACGUUGCAUUUGCCAACGACGACGAUGCGGGCGCCAUCGAGGAAGAGGCCAACCGCCUCGAGUCGGACGACCCCGUCUUUGAGAUCGACGAAGACCUCGAGCUGGACGCGGCGAAUGCGCCCAUGCAGCCUGCCGCCCCCCGCGCCGACGAUGCUGAGGCGGAGGACCGUGCAGCGCUGGAUACCGAGGCGUCGUACAAGCUCAACACAGGCCUUGCGAUGUCGUUCUCGGGCGUCGACACGUCGAACCCCAUCUACGGCGAGCGCCCUGCGCCCCCAUCGUACGAGCACGAGCAGCAAGGGCCGUACGAUAUGGUCGAGGAUAAGCAAUUGUCUGGCUCGCUUGCUGCGCGGCGUGCGGUGCGUGCCGAGCCCGAGCGCCGCACGAGCCGCCCCCACGACCGGUACGCGGACGAGGACUUGGCGCUUGCCGGCGUGCUUGCGGCCAACACCCCCUCGCACCGCAACCUGCAAGGCCCGCAGCAGUCAUCCAAGCUCUGGACUGCCGAAGGCGAGCGGCGCUGGGGAGCGUGGCAGAGCCGCGUCGACCAGCUCGAUUCGAGUGCCGCCGGGCUUGCGGCCUCGGUGCCUGCGAAAAAGUUCCCUCCCGGAAUCCCCAUGCGUGCGCCGCGCCGCGAGAUAAGCGACGGCCUGGACCGCGAGCCGAAGACGAGCUUGCCGUACAAGGAAAAGAUGCUGGUCCCCUCGCUGCGCCAGGCCGUGCGUGGCUUCAAGCGCUCGCCCGGCCCCACGAGCCGUGUGCCAAGCAGCGGCAUGCUCGCGAGCAGUCUGCGCACGACGGGCUUUGCGGCCGGCGACACGCACAAGCCGGGCGACAUGCCAAUGCGCCGCACGGCCAGCACGCGCUCGCAGCGGCAUGGCGGCGCGAACGCCGUACCUCCCGUGCCGUACGUGCCGAGUGCGUCGUUGCGCGUAUCGCUUGGCCCCGAGAGCGAGCCCCGUGCGCUCGAGUCCAUCUUUGGCGGCGCGGGCACGGACGACCUUUCCAAGCUUUUGUACUAUAUGCAUUUCUUGCAGAACCUCAAGCUGUCGAAGCGUACCGGCUGGUACCAUCACGGGAUUCCUGCGCCCGAGUCGAUUGCGGACCACAUGUACCGCAUGGCAAUGCUGGCGAUGCUUGUGCGUCCCGAUGGGCUCGAUAUUCCCAAGUGUGUCAUGAUGGCGCUUGUGCACGACCUCGCCGAGGCGCAGGUCGGCGACCUGACGCCCAUGUGUCGCGUCGACAAGGCCGAGAAGCAGCGCCGCGAGACCGAGGCGAUCCACUACCUCACGCAGGACCUCCUCGGCAACUCCCCGGCGGCGGCCAACAUUCUCCAGCUCUGGCACGAGUACGAGGAGCGGACGACCGCCGAGGCACGCCUCGUCAAGGACCUCGACUGCUUCGAGCUCUGCCUCCAGACCUACGAGUACGAGCUCGCGCACGGCACACGCGACCUGCAGCAGUUCUGGCUGGGCGCCGCUUCAAAGAUCGCGCAUCCCCAAGUCAAGAGCUGGACGCAGGCGCUCCUGCGCAAGCGCCGCGCGCUCUGGGAGGGCCGCGGCAUCGCGUACGACACCCCCAUUGCAUAG